CAUACGUUAUCAUUUUGGUGUGGUCACACUGGUUUCCAUUCGCGGCUAUAUAAACUUCAUAAAAUGUAGUUCCUCUCGAGAAAUAUGGGCUCGAAACGUAAACAUAGAUUCCCUUUGGAGGAAGACGAUCAGCAGGAAAACAGCCCGGAUGAGGAUGGUCCAAGGGUCAAGCAGCACUUUACGUCAAAGGACUUAAACAUACCCAGAGACAACGAAAGAAUUAUUUUGGCGGAGUCCACAUCCACUCAUCAGAAGAACACUCUCUCCAGGUUCCAGACAAUGUGGCAGACGCUUAACAAGUCCGGCAUGAGCAGCAGUCAACCGGAUUCUCCCGGAAACUCCAGUUUCUCAUCAUGUUCCCAGCAUCUGAACACCAGUUGGCCGGGAAUGAGGCGAAGAGCAAAAGCAUUGCCCCUAGCGGUCCAGAAUUUCCCAAGAACUCCUCCCUCAGUUUCAUAUAAAGGGCGUGAAGCAACCUCUUUAUUCCAAACAUCUUGGAAAUCAUUAAUGACCCAAACAGCUUCUUGCAACGGUUUGUCAGAGGACUGCAGCAUUGACUCUGAUCCACCUACUCCUCAACAAUUGACAAAGUCUUCAUUCCAAAGUUCUUGGAAAUCGUUAAGCCAAAGCUCGCUGAACAAAUCUAACUGCCCCGGUGUGACCGAGGAUAGCUAUAUUGAAUCCUCACCAGCUAUUCAACUUGUGCCUUACGAGAGUCCAAGGCAGUACCUGUCAAUAAGCCGGAAUAGGGUAAAUUUGAUGUCAAAGCAGCGCUUUGUAAGAGGAGGCUAUGCCGAAGAAUUCCGUAAAGUCCUGAAAAAAGUGCGAAUGGAUCAGCGUCAACUGGAAAACCAUGCACCCACACACACGGUUCGAAUUUUGUCUGUUUCAAACCAGUAUGGUGUUACCAUGGCCCUAGUAGCACCUGAAAAUGGGUCAAGUUUCAACAUUCUUCCUCCAAAAGGAGAAACAACGCUACUUACAGUUGGCUCAAAAGUACAAUUUUAUAUCGAUCCGAAGAUUAAGCCCUUAGAGCUAAAAAACAACUUAUUGGUCCACUUUCGUCCAUACAAUAUUGUAUUAAAAGCAUAAAAUACAUGUUAGCGCAUAUUGUAUAUUUGCAGUAUCAUAUAUAAUAUAUUAAUAGUAUUUUUAAGGACGGAGUUGUAUGCCAUUAAAGCCAUAUUAGUAUGUACCAUACAUUCGCCGCGAAUUAGGCUUAACUUUAUAAAGGAGUUGUAUCUAUAAUUGGUUAAAUAUAAUUGCAUUCGCCUCAAAAGAGUACAUUAUUGCAUCGAAAAGUAGUAACGAAAA